AUGGAGCAAGAGGAGAGGACUCCGAGUUCCAAGAGACCCUUCGUUGAGGACAGCCAUGAAAUCUACACAGAUUCGAAGCGACAAUGCAUCCAGCCUUACGGAUUUAAUCACGACCUUGGAGAUACCGCAACCUCCACCUAUGCUCCUCCAAUGUGGAAGGCUCAGAGUGACAUUUUGCACGAGUCGGCAUUUGCACCAUAUCUGGCCGACUUUGACUUUGACUUACCACAGAACGUCGUUGAAAUGCCAUUGUAUUCAGAUUGGGCUGAUCUCGACCCAGGGUACCCUACACAUGAUUCAUCGGCUACGCCUGUGCUAGUUCAAAGUAGCCAACUGGAAGCACCUGCCCCAGAACUUGGACUCAGCAUGGAGAAUUUCACCAACGGACACCCAGUCCAACGUACCACGCUGCAAGAUUGGGAGCUAAAUUUUCAAUUUCUUGGUGAUGAUUGGAGCCAGCAAGAAGCUACAGUAACGGAAGACUAUGCAACGGUGAUCAAAAAUGAAGGUUCGGUAUCAGGGAACUGCUGGGAGAACUCUGCUAGUAUGCCUCAGCAAAUCGCUAGCGAUUAUCCACCGAAAGUGGAAGGAGAUGAAAUAUUUGGAAAGGCACGGGAGCUGACAAGUCAGGCUCCGGGAUUUAUUGCACCCAAGCCUGUCAGCCCGGUUGCUCGCCACGAAUCAACUUAUUCAGGUCAGUCGAUCGGUUCAGCUUGCAUUCAGAGAAGAAGUUUCACGGGUCAAUACGAUACUUGCUUCGGAGUUAUUAUGGCAGAUGCACUAUCCUCCUUCAACGGUGGUCAGGGCGCCUGCGCAGUUCCUGUAAAGAUAAAGCCCUCCGGAGAUAUCCUCAAGCUUUACUUCCAAGACUCAAACAAAUACGCAGGCCUCAUAGCGCUGCCAGCCCUCUGCACACUACUUGACAAAUUCCUCAUCAAAUUUAGCGCAACAUUGAUUACAUCACCAUCCAAUUCUAGUCGAACUACAGUUAAAAACAAUAAGAACUCUUUCAUGAGCCAUCAGUGCUCUGUACGCAUCAUUGUUCAUGGACUUAAGACUGAGAAAUCUGCCGUUGGCGAGCUGCUCUCAGACGCGGGCUUGUACUUUCAACAUCCAUCGACAACAGAAUGCGAGCCAGAUGUUGAAUACUGCAAUCCACACUACCUGGUCCGUCCUGGAUGCCAGCUGCCAGCGUUGGAGGAUUUGUCGAUAUCCUCUGAUACUCGCAUCAAGACAGCGUCCGAAACGCUAGGCGAAGUGGAGAAGGGUAAACUAUUGCGAGUUUUCGAUUCUACAAGUGACUUUGGAGUCCCUUCACAGAUUAGGGCUAGCCAACGCCUCCGAUCGACUUUGAAAGAGUGA